AUGGCUGUCACCAGUGAUGCGGCCACGGCAAUGCCGAACCCGCCUCACCAGUUCCAGUUGAAGUUUUGCACCGUUUGUGCCAGCAACCAGAAUCGGUCGAUGGAGGCACACCUGCGUCUUGGCAAGGCCGGAUUCCCAGUCGUUUCCUUCGGUACGGGGUCUCUCGUACGUCUACCGGGGCCAAGCAUAACACAGCCGAACGUAUACCAGUUCAACAAGACCUCGUACGAUAGCAUGUACCGCGAGCUCGAGGCCAAGGAUGACCGGCUCUACCGCGCCAAUGGCGUCCUCAACAUGAUUGACCGCAAUAGGGGCGUGAAGUGGGGACCGGAGCGGUGGCAAGACUGGCAGAUUGGCAUUCCGCGGCUGGAACAUGCCUCGGACCUGGGUAGUAUUGGCACCGAGGGUGGUGUUGUGGACGUUGUGAUAACGUGUGAAGAGCGUUGUUGGGACGCCGUGAUUGACGAUCUACUCAACCGUGGCUCACCGCUCAACCGGCCAGUCCACGUGGUCAACGUUGAUAUUCGCGACAACCACGAAGAAGCUGCAGUGGGCGGAGGUGCCAUUCUCGACCUUGCCAACAAUUUGAAUCAAACUGCUGCCACAGAGCGGGAAAAGGUCGGGGCCGCAAACUUUGAUGCAGGCGGCGCUGCCAGUCGGUCCGGCUUUGAUGAGCGCGUCCCCGACAUCAUUGCUGAGUGGCAAGAGCGGUGGCCUAACUUGCCAGCCACAUGGACUUUGGCAUGGUUCUAA